CACACACUGCUGAUGAUAUCUUUUGGAGCUGAAUGUGGCCAUUGGGGUUUUUAAUCUCUCUCUGGACUGUGCAUGGUGGGGUGAAGGAGGGUCUCUGGAAGCUUGAGCCUGUAAAUUCAGAAACAUUUUACAGAACUGAGUUUUUGUUCAAGCUAGAUGCGCGUUUGCAUGUAGGAUGCCUUCAUGAUUGUCCCUUGCCUCAUCUAGCCCUUCAUUCUCAUCAAGAUGAACAGUAAAGUAAGCACAGCAAGCCCAAUCACACCCAAGGCAACAACAACCAUUGCCAAGGGUGUGGCAUCACCCAAAGCUCGACCAGCAUCAACUGGAGCGAGCAAGUCACCAUCAAGAUUCACCUCUGGCCAAUCCAUGUCUGGGAAAUUCUUCUCCGCUAACUCGCCAUCCAGCAAGCAUCUUCCCAUCAUGUCAUCACCAAGGAAGUCCAUCUUCAGCAAAGCGGUCGGUCAGUCGGGCGCCAUGAAGCUUGGGUCUGGCCUGUCACACAACAAGACAUACUUUGGGAAAUCAUCUGGCUUGGGUCAGUUUGAUCUUCCGUUGGCCCUACGCAAGAAACGUAGACCAAAUGCAGGGAUGAAGCGUGAGCCGGAUAUUGACAUGGACAAGAUCCAGCAUGCUACAAAUAAACCACCACAAAAAGAUGGAAAGAUGCCUCAGAAGCGGAAGUUAAGCCAUUCCAGUCCCAACAGUAGCAAGGUGAAUGUCAAACACAAAGAAGAUUACGUCCCUCCAUCCAGCAAGAAAAGAAAGAUCAAUCGCUCAAAUCGAGACCAGGAUUCAAGGAAUGACUUUUAUUGCUGGGUUUGCCAUAAGGAAGGUUCGGUCAUUUGCUGUGAGCUUUGCCCUAGGGUGUAUCAUCCUAAAUGUGCUAAGCUAGAAGGGGAUCCAUAUGGGGAUUGGUUCUGUCCUGAGUGUGCGAGAGCAACCAAUGCUGAGUGUAUUGACUCACAGUCAAAAGCCAUGGCAUCGCUCACAUUAGACCAACUGGCUAAACUCCUACUCUUUGCUCUCAAGAGAAUGAGACACUCAGGGGCUGAGCCUUUCUUGAAGCCAGUCAACCUGCAACAGAAUCCUGGCUAUGAGGAGUUUGUGUUCAAUCCAAUGGAUCUAUCAACACUUGAGAAGAGCAUCAAGAAGCGCAUGUAUGGGAGUACAGAAGCAUUUCUCUUGGAUGCAAAGUGGAUCCUGCAUAACUGCAUUGUGUUCAAUGGAUCGCAUCACAAGCUUACAAAUAGUGCACGAAUGAUCAUCAAGAUAUGUGAAUAUGAGGUGAAGGAGAUAGAGAUAUGUCCAGAUUGCUAUUUGUCAGCUUGUCUGAAACGAGACAAAUGGUUCUGUGAAGUCUGUCGAGAUCCCCAUAAGCUUGUAUGGGCAAGGCUGCAGGGUUUCCCAUUCUGGCCAUCCAAGGUCAUCAGAGAGAAAGAUGGUCAACUGGAUGUCCGCUUCUUUGGGCAGCAUGAUAGAGCGUGGGUACCUGUCUCCAGCUGCUACAUGUAUUCAAGUGAGAUUCCCUGCCAUUCCAAGAAGAAGACUACAGGUCUGAACAGCUCAGUAGCAGAGAUGGAGCUCCACAUCCAGAAUCUGCAGAGGACGUUCGGCAAAGAUUGCUUCAAGUAUGCACCCAACCGAACACCGUUUGGUACAUUGGACUGUCUGAUCAUCAACCCAGGAGACAGACCGAAGUGGCAGGGAAGCAGAAUGGCGAUGGGUUCAUUCCUGAAUGGCAUGCAUGAUAGAAGCAGUCCGAAACCUGAGGAGAAGGCAUCUGCUGUAGAGAUUAAGACAGAACCGGUCGAUGUGGAGUCGUUGCAGGAGGAGAAUGCAGCUGCAGAGAAAAGCUUGGAGGAUUCACUCAAUGUUAGACCAGAGUCUCAAACAGUACUAGACAAAGACACAAAUGAUGCUGUGCCAAAAGGGAAACCUCAAGAUAAAGCUAAUGGAAAGUCUUCGACGGUAUCAGAAAAUAACAACAGUGCCGAGAAGGAUAAUAACUCUGGGUCCACCAACUCAACAAUGUCAUCAAACUCUAAAUACAACACUAUUAUUAGCCCAGUCAAACGACAGGUAUUUACAGUUGCACGAAAACGAAUGGGUAGUGCAAAUGAUAACACUUCAUCAAACAGAACCAAUGCUGACGAAUCGGAUGAUCUGUCUAGAAGUCCACCUCCUCGAGAGAUGUCGCCAGAUGUCGAUCAGGAUAGGAGUGAUAACAGUGAAGCAUCGUCACCAAGUAAAGCACCAGUGGGUGUAUUUGAAGUAAGUGAUGAGAGCUUAGAUGUGGAUCCCGACAUGGCAGCCCAAUCGCCCUCUGUUCAGCUCCUUGGUAAGUCCCAUGCUUCACAGAAUGAGUUCAGCAGGAGUCUUGCCAUCAAAUUAAACAAGGUUAGCCCACGAUCAUUGGGGAAAAUGGGAAACUUGAGAGCAAAGCGAGGUGAAGAGCUGGAUGAGGCAGACCUUGACGGAGUUACUCCUUUAAGAGACUCCAAGAGACAUCCAGAGAUUCCUGAACAAUCAGAAACAUCAGAUGACUUAGAUACACCUGGUGAGACGAGUAAAGUAAACAAAUCAUCGGGCAAUAUAGUAAAGUCAGUAUCACCUACUGAUGAGAUAGUUGAUAAUAAUACUGCAGGAAGCUCUGCCAAAAGUAAGAUGGCAGAGUCUCCAGAGAAGUUAGAUGCUAGUGAAGAUACACCAAGUACCUCACAGUCCACGACACCUAAAGAUAAGUUCCACAUCAAGUUAGGUAAGACUAUUGAGACCAUGAAAGCUUCCUUAGGGAUUGAGAGAUUACACAGUGUGGAGAAGGAUGCCUCGGAUUCAGAGUCGUCCGACUCUGAGUCAGAGUCAAGUGAGGCUGAUCACUCUGAGGAAUCCGAUAUGGAGGUCGACAAUAAUGCUUCCAACAAGAUCAAUUCAACUGAAAAAGGAUCAAGCAAAACAUCUCAACCGAAUGGAGACAAUGACCAAGCAACACAAGAGUCCACUGAUUCUACCUCCAAAGAUACUUCCAGUAAAACAGCAGAUACAAAUGACAGAAGCUCAAAAACUCAAGCGUCAAAUUCUUCUGUGGGUGAAAUUAUGAAGGAAUCACCACACAUUUCAAAACCUGGAAUAUCAAAGAAAGACACCAUCAAAGCUCCUAGAACAGUUAUUACGAAGAGGUCCAAUGAUUCCGAUAUUGAUCUUGCUAUGAGCUGCCAUUCUGAAAUGUCCGACUCUGAUGCCGGUGAUCUUGUUAUCGAUGAAACCGAUACAGAACAAAGGUCUCUUAAUUCUGCAACAAACAAAACCAAAGAAUCUGGUAAAAGCGAGCAGCACAGUGAGACACACAUUCACGAUGAUUAUCAAGCACCAAUGGACAUGGACGACGUUAUUCUUGUCUCAAAUCCCUUUGUAAAAAAAGAUCAACCAGACACGAGACAGACCACAAAAGAGGUGAUCGUACAUGAACAAGAGCCACAUAGCAAUACCACCGAUGAUACUGAGACUCCUAAAGCCAGUCCAUCAACUACCAACCCACCUCCGUCAGAUAAACAAAUAAGGACUGUCGUUACGGUUAAAAGCACAUCAAAUGCACAUCCCAAACCACUCAUACCUUCUAAGGACCAAGAACGGCCCCCUGAGGCGACACAUUCCUCAUUUCCAAGCAUUGUUGAAUCAUUGAAAGCAAAGAAGAGGGAAACCAGUGAAACAGUUCAACCUCAAAAGAGUGAACCUCAAAAGAGUGAACCUCAAAAGAGUGAACCUCAAAAGAGUGAACCUCAAAAAAGUGCUGAGAGUACAUUGCCCAAAAAGACUGCUGUAGUUGUUGCUGACAAGGAUGCUGUAAAGGAAACUGACACCGACAAAUGUAGCAACUUCUAUGACAAGUAUAUUGCAAAGGUAUCCACAGCUGUUGAAGGCGUAUUAAAUGACUUCACUAAAGACAUGAAAGAUGGGAUGCUAUUAAAGGAUGCUAAGAGUGAGAUUGAGGAUCUUAAGAUGGAGGUACAGAGACUUAAAUGGGUACAGGAGCAGGAGAACACAGAAUACAAACAGAUCAUGGAUCUUGCCUUAGCUGAGAUGAAGGAGUGUAUGGAGGCAGAGGCUGCUGUUGCCAUGGAGAAUCUUAAGAUGAAACUAGAGACAGAGAAGCAAGAUGAAAUCAGAAAGACAAAAUCAAAACAAUGGUGUGCAAUGUGUGGCAAAGAUGCAGUGUUUUUCUGCUGUUGGAACACUAGUUACUGUGACUAUCCCUGUCAGCAGUCUCAUUGGUCUACACAUCGUAACUCAUGCCAGCAAAGAGCCUCAGGAAAUACCGUCAUCCAAGUACAACAACUACACAACAAAGCUCAGCCUCCCCACCUUGAGUGGUCAUUAGCAAAGCAACACACAUCUAGUACAAACCAACAUUCCUACUCUACCCCCAUCACACCAAACUCGUUCUCACUACAGUCUGUAAACGGAGUGGACGUAGUUGCAACUACGGUCUGCUUACGAACUUCAUGGACGGGCUUGGAGUGGUUUGGCUGGGAAGGUGCUCCAGAACUUUGAGCCUGCUCAAAAUAUUUGGGCGACCAUCCCAUCCUGCAAUUAGACGGCAUAGCAACGUACUAAAAACAAGAAGGACGUAUCUACUCCAAACGGAAUUGACGUAUUAUGGAUGUGCUAUACAUGGUGUGGGCAUGUGCACGCAGACUGGGUCCAUUUGUAGCACAUUCAUCCCGCUUACACACAGACCCAACUCAUUACAAGAAAAUAAGUGACUAGGGUCACAUUGUAUACUAGGGUCACAUUGUAUACUAGGGUCACAUUGUAUACUAGGGUCACAUUGUAUACUAGGGUCACAUUGUAUACUAGGGUCACAUUGUAUACUAGGGUCACAUUGUAUACUAGGGUCACAUUGUAUACUAGGGUCACAUUGUAUACUAGGGUCACAUUGUAUACUAGGGUCACAUUGUACACUAGGGUCACAUUGUACACUAGGGUCACAUUGUAUACUAGGGUCACAUUGUAUACUAGGGUCACAUUGUAUACUAGGGUCACAUUGUAUACUAGGGUCACAUUGUAUACUAGGGUCACAUUGUAUACUAGGGUCACAUUGUAUACUAGGGUCACGUUGUAUACUAGGGUCACAUUGUAUACUAGGGUCACAUUGUAUACUAGGGUCACAUUGUAUACUAGGGUCACAUUAUAGACAUUUCUGGCCAAAGCUAUACGUUCUAGCGAGACCAAACCUGUUUUACAAUUUUCUUAGCGACAAUGUUCAGACGUUUUGAGAACUAGUUUGGUGUGACCAAUCCUUUAGACUAGAUAUAAACUGAUACAUUAAGCCGUAGAUCUAACAGUCCCUAAUCCUCUUUA